AUGGGCUCAUUACCGCAAACGAUUGAACUCGAUGCGCUCAUUGUCGGAGCUGGCUUUGGUGGAGUCUACCAGUUGAAAAGACUACGCGAAGAAGGCUACAAGGUCAAGAUUGUCGACAGUGCCUCAAGCUGGGGCGGUGUAUGGUAUUGGAACCGAUACCCGGGUGCACGUGUGGAUAGCCCGAUUCCUUUCUACGAGUUUUCCGAUCCUCUGCUCUGGCGGGACUGGCGCUGGAAGCAGCGGUUCCCCGGCAGCGCCGAACUUCGAGACUACUUCGCCUUUGUUGCAAAGAGGUGGGAUCUAGACAGAGAUGCCAUAUUCAACACCAUGGUGACCGCAGCGAUCUGGGAUGAUGAGAAUGCUAAGUGGCACAUAACGACUAAGGGAGGCCCCAGCUUCGUUGCGAAGUACUUCCUUUUGAAUACCGGAUUCUCGGCCAAGAGACAUAUCCCCGACUGGCCUGGCAUCGAGAAGUUCCGCGGGACCUUUGUACAUCCUUCAUACUGGCCCAAAGAAGACCAAGACCUGCAGGGAAAGAGCAUCGCGGUGAUUGGAACGGGGUCGACUGGCGUGCAACUUGCUCAGGAGCUGAGUAAGGUGGCCAAAGACUUUGUACUUUUCCAGCGGACUCCGAACCUGGCAAUACCAAUGAAGCAGAUCGAAUACACUGGCGAUGAACAGAUUGCUCCACUCCGAGAGUACCCAGCCCUCUUUGACGGACGGAUCAAUUCCUUUGGUGGGUUUUCGUACAACUUCUUGCCACGGGCCACGUUUGACGACACCCCGGAGAAAAGGAGAGAGACAUACGAAGAGCUUUGGGCCAAGGGAGACUUUCACUAUUGGCUCGCGACAUACUAUGACAUGCUCUUCAAUGAAGAGGCCAACAAGGAAGCAUAUGACUUUUGGAAAGCCAAAGUGCGCGCCCGCAUUCACGACCCGGACCUACAAGAGUCGCUUGCACCUGAGAUCCAGCCGCACGCCUUUGGCUGCAAGCGAAUCUCGCUGGAGAAUGGCUACUACGAGAUCUUCAGCCAGCCCAACACGACGCUGGUCGACAUGAAAAGGACGCCGAUUGUCGAGUUUACGGAACGCGGCAUCCGGACCGUCGACCGCGACUUCGACCUCGACUACAUUGUCUGCGCGACGGGCUUCGACGCCAUCACCGGCGGGCUGAAGCAAAUCGACAUCUCUGGCGUGGGUGGCCAGAAGCUUGCUGAGAAGUGGGAAAAGGGCACCAAGACGUACCUGGGCCUCUGCGUCGCGGGUUUCCCCAACAUGUUCUUCACCUACGGGCCCCAGGCCCCAACCGCCCUCUGUAACGGCCCGACCUGCGCCGAGGUGCAGGGCGAGUGGAUCGUGCAGACGAUCAAGGACAUGGACAGCUCGGGAUUGAAAAAGAUCGAGGCCAACCCCGACGUCGAGGACGAGUGGGCCCAGGGUGUCUGGAAACUAGCCAACGCGACGCUGUUGCCAAAGACCAAAUCGUGGUACAUGGGCGAUAAUAUCCCCGGAAAGCCGAGAGAGCCGCUCAUAUACUUGGGCGGUGUGCCUACUUACUACAAGACCAUCAAGGAGUGUGCGCAGCAGGGAUACAAGGGGUUUACGCGCGUGUAG